AUGGUUGUUUCACAAGAUCAAAGAACUGCUGAAUCAGAUAUUAUAAGUUCUUUAAAUAAUUCCUCAAAAGGACUUUAUUAUCUUCACUAUCAAAACAUUAUUCAUCAAGAUCUUCAUAGUGGAAAUAUUCUUUUGAAAAGUAAAUAUGAUAUAGUAAUUAAUGAUUUAGGAUUGAGUAAAUUAUCAAGUGAAUUAUCAAAUUAUAAUGAAACAAAUGAAACUAAUUAUGGAAUUAUUCCUUAUAUGGCCCCGAAGGUUCUUCAAAAACAAAAACAUACUAAUAAAUCAGAUAUUUAUAGUUUUGGUAUGAUUAUGUGGGAGUGUAUGACGGGUAGAAGACCUUUUUGGGAUCGUGCUCAUGAUAUUGAGCUGAUUAUUGAUAUUUGUGAUGGCUUACGUCCUCUAACAGGUAAUAUUGUAGCACCUGAAGGUUAUAUUGAGCUAAUGAAAGAAUGCUGGGACCCUGAUCAAAAUAAAAGGCCACCGGCUAGUGGCAUCAGUACUGCAAAAAUUCUGCUAUCAGUAUACAUGCAUGCCAAAAAUAAUAUGGAAUAG